AUGGCCCGCGAUCCCUUCUCGUCGUCUUCUGUAUCUCAAACUACCGAGGACAUUGCGUUGGUCGACAUGUCCUCACACAACGAGGCCAUGACUUCGAUCUUCAAGGCCGCCGAAGCACCUCGGUCGACCUUCACUCUCGACAAGACGAGGUUCUACCUCCCCGAGGGACCGCUGUCCGACGACGCCUUCUGGGUUCCGCUUCCCGACGGCGACCGCGGCAAAUCAAGAUCAAAAAGCGGGGCGAGGGGCAUGUCGUACCGUGGCGGCUCCUGGAUCGUCGACAUCGACCUCCAGCGGCCGCGGUGCUUCGUCGCGCACGGCACCAUAGCGGAGGAGUGCAUGGUCCGAAGGAUGCAGACGGACUGCCGCGCCGCAGCGAAGAGGCUCGCUGCCACCAUGGGCGGGAUAUUCUGGCAGCGAAUUCAGGGCGGCGGUGGCGUCGACAGACUCACAAACCCGGACAUCGCAGGCUGUCUGGCCCGCACGGCAGACGCGCUGUUUGAGUUCACAAAUCUCACCGGGCGGUUCAUCGAGGCGACGAGAAGACGGCAUCUGAAGGAAGACGUGUCUCCAUUGUUCAAGGGGGUGUUGAAGUUGCUGGGCAUCGUGGAGUGGCACCGCGUCCACCAGGCCGUCAACGCGGUGCAGAUCCUCCGGAGGUCGUUUGAGGGACUCACCGCGCGCUGUGUCACGGGCGAAGAGAAAAUGGCCCAGUAUGCCGCGCAGAGCUGCAAAGAAACGUACAUGCUCGGUAUGAUGGGCUGGCGUCUUGCGCCGGACUCGAUAGGCUCACAACAGGGCGCGUUGUCGCAAGCUCUGCACUCAUUGCAUGUACUCGGCACAGCAGACUGGAUGGGCUAUGACGCCGAAGAGUUAAAGGCAAGGAUGGCUCAGAAGAGCACGCCGGUGUGUCUCGUCAAAGACAACUUCUUCUGCGCGUGGACUUUUGGGAUGGCUGUGCGGUUUCUUACGCACCAGAACCUGCAGUGCUCUUGGAGUGCCGACGAGCUCGCCAACUGUCCAGGCCCGUGGCGGUUUGAGGGUCACAUCUACACGUCGCACCUGGAGAUGUUGAAGACGCUGCCCUGGGUAGAGUGCUUCACGGGGUCGGAGCAUACGAGGGUACGGUUCCGUCCUGUUAGUUGCAGCGGAUGCUAUGAUAGGUUUUACGAAGGCAAGAGGGAAGACGGGAAGAAGAGCAAGAAGGCAAACAAGGAGAAGCCAGAAGGCAAGAAGCUGACGGGAACGAGAACUUGGUGA